AUGGCUUUCUCAGCUUCACUUUCCCAAUCGAAUCCGUUUGGAUAUGAUGAGGAAGCGGACAUGUCGGCUGGAUGGGGAGCUCCUACUACGCAACCAAAUUCAUCGAGUGAUGCUCUGAAGAAUACGAUGAAAAAAGAAGCGGUGAUUAAAGAUAUCGUUGCGGCACAGGACGAUCUUCGUAGGCGUGUACAGACGGUACAGGCCGAGGUUGACAAGCUGUCAUCUGGCAAUGCGAUGCUUCAAAUGUACAUCGACAAUCUCACAAAGCAAAUUGCUAAGCGGUAG